GGGUGAAGCCGAGCCUCAGCGCAGCGCGGGUCUCUGCCAUGUUCAACCGGCGCCCUCUGCGCGAGCGGCUGUGCAACUUAGCAGGCAGGUCCACAGCAGACACAAGCUCAAAUGCAUAUACUGCCUGCCACUUCGAGGAUGGCCGCAAUGCCAGAUGCAUACCGUAUCGUGUCGCCGCGUUGUGUCGCAGCCAAGACGUUGGGCUGGCACGACCCAGCGGCAGAGAUGAAUGCCGCUCUGGCGAAGCAACCGGACAAAAUACGGGCGGUCCGCAUGACGGUGCUGAACGGCAGUCGCCUGGCCAUGGGCUGGCAGCCCACCAUGGUGUUCAACCCCGGCUGGAACUGGGGGCGCCCGGAGCGGGUCGGAUCACUGCUGGAGGUGACGCGGGUGGAGGGCAGCCGGCUGCAUGUGCGCGACCCCGCCCCCGGCCCCUCGCCGCCCAUGACCUGCACCACCUGCUGGCUAGCCGCCACCUGGCCCUGGCUGCCGCUGCCGGCGCUGCCCCCGGGCGUGAUCAUCCACAUCCGCACACUCAAACUCGAGGGCUGGAUUGACCUGGCCACCGGGGAGGUGGACUUGGACUUUGCGUCCUCCUUCGCCACCAGCCUGGCGGGCGGGCUGUGGGCCACGCAGCCGCUGGCGGUGGCGGCGCGCAUGGCCAGUGGAGAGCAGGCGGGGACCGUGUUCCACGCCGUCGGGGAGCGCCUCCGCGGCGCUGACGCCACGCUCGUGGCGCUGAGCGAGGUGCCGCCCACCAGCGACGCGGCGCAGAACGCGGUGCUCAUGUUGCCCACCGAUGCGCUGUCGGUCCUCAAGGUGCGCCUCGAGUUCAUCCCAGGGGACGAGCGCUGAGCUGGGAAGGCUGAGGUUGUAGAGAAGCCUGACGCGAUGGUGGGGCGAUGGUGGCUCGGAUGCUUGCAAGAUUUACCUCACAUGUCUGGACGAUUUCCGGGGAUAGGGUGGGGGCGCCACGCGUCCCGCCUAAGGACACUGUGUGGACGAGCAGGCCCCAUAGCACUGGCACCUCCCAUGCCCCUUGUAGUCCUGGUGGUUCCGUCGGUGUUUGGUACCGUGUGCAUUUGGUUUUGCAUGUCGUACCGAAGGGCAUUGACGAACAAACGGCAAGCAGAACGACGGGGACUGGCGCAUUCCAAGGCUGGCAUGUAGCAAGCCAGGGUCGUUGCUAGGUUGUAACUAGCGGGACAG